AUGCUCUCCGCCUUCACAGCUCGACCUAUUGUUGAGCUCAGGCAACGGGACAAGUUCAAGAUUGAAUCUAUCCUAGCAUAUGGCGAUCGACUACUUGUUGGUUUGAGUACAGGAAGUCUGCGGGUAUACCGAGUGAACGAGAUACCAGAGGACAAGAAGCAAAAUGGGUCUGCGAAGACCGAUGACAAACCCCCCUCUCGACCAAACUCUUCUGCCGGAACGAAACCCGUUGAUCUUCUGCGGGAAGUAGAGAAAUUUUCGACUCGAGGUAUUGAACAGCUCGCGAUCAUAAAAGAAGCCAAUGUCCUGAUCUCUCUCUCGAAUUAUUACAUCUCCAUUCACGACUUGCAAUCCUACAGCCUGCAAGAGCAAUUGUCGAAGACCAAAAAUGCAACCACGUUUGCUGUUACCUCCAACAUUGUGAAGGAUUCUGCCACGGGUAUACCUGAGAUCAUAUCACGGCUAGCAGUAGCUGUCAAGAGGAGACUAUUAUUAUGGUCAUGGCACGAAUCCGAGUUGGAGCCGGAUAUGAACGAGAUCACAUUGACGGAAGCUAUCAGAACUUUGACCUGGGCGUCUGCGACAAAGAUCAUAUGUGGUAUGAAUUCGGGAUAUGUGAUUGUGGACGUCAUCAGCCAGGAGAUUGAAGAUAUUGUUGGACCAGGAGCCAUUGGCGGGGCAGCUGGUGCCCAAGGAGGACGCUUUGGAGGAGUUGGAUCUGCCAGCAUGGGAUACAUGGGUCUGGGAAGCUAUAUACCGAAACCGUUAGCCAGCAGACUUGCAGACGGGGAGCUCUUGCUAGCUAAGGACAUCAACACUCUUUUUGUGACCUCAGCUGGAAAGCCACUGGAGAAGAGACAAAUCCCAUGGCAACAAGCGCCAGAUGCCAUCGGGUACUCUUAUCCCUACAUUCUGGCCCUACAGUCUCCGUCCCAGGGUUCGCUGGAGGUCAGAAAUCCAGAUACUUUGUCCUUGUUACAGUCAAUACCGUUACCGAAUGCAAAGCAAUUGCAUUUCCCUCCACCAACAGUCAGCUUGGCCCAUGCUGGUAAAGGCUUCCAUGUCGCAAGUGAACGUUGCAUAUGGCGGAUGGGAGCCACAGACUACGAUUCUCAGGUUGACGAGCUUGUGGAGAAGGAGAAGUAUGACGAGGCGAUCAGCAUAUUGAACAUGCUUGAGGAUGCUUUGUUGAAAAACAAGGAGGAAAGGCUUCGAGAAAUCAAGAUCCUCAAAGCUCAAGCACUUUUUGAUGAACGCAAAUACCAAGAUGCCGUCGACAUUUUCAUGGCCAAGGAUGUCCAAGCACCUCCAGAGCGAGUAAUCAAACUCUUCCCCAGAAUCAUUGCCGGUGACUUAUCUAUUAUCAACGAAAGCGCUCCAGAUCUUGAUUCUGAAAGCGACGAUGCCAAAGAUGCUAAAGAGGCUCAAUAUGGAGAUAAGUCAGAGAAUGGCGAGACUGGUAAAGACAUUGGGUCGCCAAAGCCAGCUGGAGUAGCCAAAUUGCUUAAGACCCACAACAAAACGGCUUCCGACACUUCCUCUAUUCGUUCUUUUAUGAGACUGGAUGGAGGCGAGUCCGAAGCCGGUAGCAGUUCAAGGCCUGUUGAAGACGGCCCAUUGGAAGGGAAGGAUCUCAUUACUGCCGUCUUGGCGCUUUCUGGAUUCUUGGUACAAGCCCGAAACAGAAUGAAAGCCUUCAUAGAUGCAGAGACAGGCAAACUGAAGCCAGUCGAGCAGGACAGCCAAAAUGGGUCAUCACAGCAUGCUUUCGAAUCACUUCUCACCGCCCCGGCGACCGACGCUGAGAAAGACAGAGAAGCAAAGUUGCGAGAUACUGCUAAACUCAUCGAUACAACCCUAUUCCGAGCUUAUAUGCUUGCACGACCAACAUUGGCAGCAUCGCUGUUCCGCAUUCCCAACUUCUGUGAUCCAGAUGUUGUCAACGACAAAUUGUUAGAAAAUGGUCGAUACAACGACCUUGUUGACUUCUUCCAUGGCAAGAAGCUGCAUCGUCCUGCACUUGAGCUAUUGAAACGAUUUGGCACCUCGGAGGGUGAGGAUGAUGGUCCAGCAGCUCUUCAUGGCCCUCAGCGGACAGUAGGCUAUCUUCAAAAUUUGCCGCCAGAAAUGAUUGACCUGAUACUUGAAUUUGCCGAAUGGCCACUGAGAGCAGACCCAACUCUUGGCAUGGAAGUCUUUUUGGCAGAUACUGAGAAUGCUGAGACUCUUCCGCGAGACAAGGUGGUUGGUUUCCUACAAGAUAUAGACCUGGGUCUGGAGGUCAAGUAUCUAGAACAUGUGAUCAACGAGCUCAACGACUUGACGCCAGAAUUUCACAAUCGGCUCGUAGAAGCGUAUAUACAGCGACUAAGGACCAGAGAAGACAGGGACACGGAUACUUGGAGGUCAUUAAUGGGUGGACUGACUUCGUUCUUGAGAUCGAGCACACAAUACUCACUCUCGAGAGCCUUUGGAUUGAUACCUAGGGAUGAUGCCGAUUUCUAUGAGGCACAGGCCGUUGUUUUGAGUAACAUGGGCCAACACAAGCAAGCGCUAGAAAUUUACGUCUUCAAGAUUCAGGAUUUUGCUAAGGCGGAAGAGUACUGCAACCGUAUCCACCUGACACAAGACUCUGCUGUGGCAUCACCCAUUCAGUUGAGACGUGGAUCGCAGCACAUGUCCGACCAAGAAGAUUCCAACCCCUCGAUAUAUCACACUCUCCUAUCGCUGUAUCUUACACCCCCACCACCCCACGAGCCGAACUGGGCACCUGCUCUCGACCUGCUCUCGAAACAUGGAUCCCGUCUCCCAGCCUUCUCGACGCUCAACCUCAUACCGACGUCCCUUCCCGUUGCAUCACUAGAAUCCUACUUCCGGGGCCGAAUUCGAGCAGCAAACUCGAUCGUCAACGAAACCCGAGUCGUGGCCGGCCUCCGCAAAAGUGAAGUAGUGUCCUCCCAAGCGGCCCUCUUACUUGGUGAUGGAGCGCCUGGCGGUCAAGCCGGCAGAAAUAGAAGAGUCGUAGUGUCGGACGAGCGUGUCUGCGGCGUGUGUCACAAACGACUUGGUGGAAGCGUAAUUGCCGUAUUGCCAGACAACGAGGUUGUGCAUUACGGAUGCUUGAAUAGAGCGACUGGCCAACCGGGAAGCAGGACUGGGCAUAUAAGAGCGGGGUCUUGGAGCCGUGCGUAA